UCCACAAGGCUAGGCAGAGCAGAGCUGAGUUGCAACCUUUCCUGCAUGCACUAAACUGUCGCCUGCGAAUGAGGAACUGGGGAUUUAACUAAUUCACCCUGCUUCCAUUCAAGUGUUCCAGAAGGCAGGUGCACGCACAUCCAAAGACUUCCCUUUUCUCUUUGGCGCUUAAAAGAAAAAGGCAUCUGGAAAUGCACUAAUUCAUAGGUGGCAAGUGGCAUUUUAAAUAACUAAUAGAAGAUUUCAUUCUGCUUUUACUGGAAAGGGCUGACUCUUCAGGAUGAUGAAAGAGAAAGCAUAAUUCGCAAGAACAUAGCUCUGCUUCUCUGGCAAAACAAAGCUUUCAGCCUAUUUUUCAGAUAUUCCAGACAUGUUCCCGAACAAGUUGUCUGUCCGUGCAAGCUUUAAAGGUAAUACUUAAAUGGCCAACUGGAGCCAGCAAAGGAAAAUAAGUGUGUUGAAGAAUCUUAGAAGCCAAAUCUUCUGAAACUAGGCCUACUGCUAUCAGCAUCUCUGAGAUCUCCUACAUCUGAGAAUUACCAGGUCUGACAACAUUUCCCCUCCAAACUACACUGAGAGACACCAACAAGGCUGUAAAAAAUUUAUGUCUUCUAGGCUUUCAGCCCUCAAGCUGUGCAGUUGGGCAGGAACUUUAGUCUGCAUCCUCAGGGACAUUCAGAAAGACAGACAAGUUGGGGUGAAAACUCAUAUAUAAUGAGACAGAAAUACAUAAAUGCCUUUAGAAAGUCUCCUCACAGAAAAAUCCAAUUAAAUUUCAUGCAUUUAGUCCACACUCAUAGACAGGCUGUAGGCAAAAGGGAUCCAUCUUCCCUCUAACAAAACACAGUAAAUGUCGGAUAUAAUAUUCUAAGCGAUUCUUGUCCCCAACCAGUAUUAUAAAACAGUUUCACUACAGUUAAUCAGUGUAAGAGUAGGAGUGUGAAAAAUAAAGCUUUAUUUAUAGAUCUAUUUUUUACAGAUCAGUUUUUACUUCAUUAAGAAAUUUUGAUAAAAACCUAUUUGGGAGGAAGGUGCUUACUGUGCUAGAGGACAGAGAGUGUAGAAAUUAUCAAUUUAGAACAUUAUUGUUUUCUUGUCUGUGCACCAUGAUUUCACUCCAAGAGUGAUGAGUUUAUGUCAGAUUGUUAGAAUACCCCAAGCAUAUUCACAGACUGUGUGAGUGACCUGGAAUGCCACCAAGGCAAUAGAAAUCAAAGAGGUAUCAACUCAUACUGAGUGAUGACGGAGGUGUAUUUUAAGUACCAUGGAAAUCUCACUGGGAGGGCCCAUUUUCCUACUCUGGCCACAGAGGUUGACACCACCUCAGAGAAGUAUUCUAACCUGUACAUGUAUGUGGGUUUAUUCCUGAGCCUCCUGGCCAUUCUCCUCAUUCUGCUCUUCACAAUGCUCCUUCGGCUCAAACAUGUCAUUUCGCCCGUCACCUCUGAAAGCGUAGAAAGUGCCCCACAAUUUACAGAUGUGGAGAUGCAGAGUCGAAUCCCCACUCCUUAGAGCCAGAAUGAGGCUGAGAUCUAGUGGAUCUGAUUGAACCCUUGUAUGCUGAUGUGCAGAAAAUGUUGCUUUCUUACACAAAGCUUCCUGUGUAACAAUAACCUGUUAACGUUUUCUUUGUGUUAUUCUUCCUCUUGACUCUGCUUGUGGGAUAUAUAAGAGGCCUGAGACUCAUUCUUUGAAAAGGAUAUAGGAAAUGACAGCUGGUUGGGAGGGCAGGUUUCCAUAGUAACCAAAGAGCCGGGGCCUUCAACAAACCUCAGACCACAGAAAUUCAUAUGAUGCUAUUGUUAAAAAUACAAGAUUCCUACAAGCUAUGAGAACAAGGAAAAUUUUCCUUUGAAAAAUGAGUGUUUCAAGAUGGUACCAUUAAAAAAAACAAGUUUUAACUCUUCAGUUUGGCCCUAAAGAAUCGCCUAUGUUAACAUGAAACUGAAUCUUAUCAGAAGUUAACAGAAGAGGAUCACUAUCCCUUUCCCAAAAGAAUAAUGGUUUCAUCAUUUUGGCUCAUCAAAUCUGUCCCAAAUGAAAGAAGAGAUGUAAAGAAACGGUUUCAAUUUAAGGAGCAGCUUUCCAGAAAGAAGAUGAGUUAAAUUCAUCUAAUAAGAAAAAAAUGUGCAUCUUAUAUCUCUGUUAUUACUAUUACUCGACUUUUAAAAACUCAGAUAAUGCCAGAUGUAUAAUGAAAAUCUGGAAUGAUGAACUGAUCCCAUAUCAAGGAAAAAUUACGUCAAAAUGUUCUCAUGACAAGGAAUUCUACACUACACAUCAGCACCUUUCUCUCCCUUGUGUCAAACUUCAGGAUUAAGUUGCACUCAAAUAAAAACUUUGUAAAAAUGUAGCUUUGAAAAAGAAGGUAUUUUAAGGCAGAAAUGAAAUAAUUUUGAUAUUCUGGCAUUGAAUAAUUUUGACUUUGGAUAAAACUUUCUAUCUUUUGAAGGUGUGUUGUAGGAUUUUUUGUUUGGUUGGUUUUGGGUUUCUGGGUGUUUUUUUUUUUUGCUGAAAAAAAUAAUAACCCGAUCGUCACUGCUAGACUCUUUUUAAGAUCUAAGUACAAGAAAAUAAAUAAAGACAGAGGAAAAAAUUAACACCUUCCAACAAAUCCUUAUUAAGAUAAAUGUCCUAAAAUAACAUAUUGUCUUUCCCAAAAAAUGUUCUUCCUUUCCUUAUCCCUACCAAAAGACCAUUUAUUAUCUUCAGGGAAAAAUAUAUUUUGAAAACUUUCAUUUAAAUAAGUUGCCCUAAUAUGUCAGUAGGGGAGGAUUUUAUUCUUUUAAAUUAAAUUUCCAAAGAAAACCCAAAAGAGAUGAAUACUGUUUACAAGAUAGAAAUCAGAAAGCCAGUAGCAGUUUAGCCACCAAAACACUAUGUUAGAUUCUACAUGCUCAAAAAAUCAGUCAUUCUUUGCAUUUAAAUUUGUCAUCAGAUUGCAUAGGGUACUCCAUGGGGAACUGCAGUGGUGGUAAGAGAGAAGUAGAAUGGAUGCGAAAUUAAUACCUCUAUCACUGUAACCAAUUUAGAUUGGCCCCUUUAUUGUAUUCUAAAUCUAGUGUGGUGGUGAAAUUCCCAAAUGCUUUCCACUUUUGUAUUAAUUUGACAAUGCUCUCCUCUCCAAGGGGCUGAAAAGUGUGAAAUCCCCAUAUGCAGAGCUAAACUUAGCAGCAAGGUAGACUCUGCUCUACCUGUUAAAAUUGUGCCCUGUCAGAGAUGGCAGCUGAAUUCUGCAUCAUUCAGAACAAAUUAGCAGGUAGGCUAAGGCUCGAAUAAGGUAUAUAGUUCGCUUUUUGCUUUCUUUUCUAAAAUGCAAAGUGACUCAUAUUAUAUCUUAGAAACAAAGCCACCUUAGAAACAAAGGUUGUCUUUAUUGAACACACAGAUGUGACGGACUUUUAGUACCAGGGAUCAAACUCAUGACUGCACAUUUGCCAGGCAAGUGCUUAUGCCACCUAGCUAAAUCCCCAGUAGUCAGGGGUUGUGCACUGAGAACAAUUAGAAUCAGGACAUGGAGUUUAUAAUAUUAUUUUUAUGGUGGUCACCCAGAGUUAACACAAGAAAAUGCAGGAAAUCUAUCCACAACACCAAAGACGUAGAAUAUUUAGUCAAAGGCCUAAAUCCUUCAGCAAUGUCGCACAUGAGUCCCGAUGAAAACCCAGAGUUCAUGACACUGCCUCCCAUGAGUUCAACUGGAGGUCCUGAGCCCAAAGGAAGGACUGAUGCCAGUUUCUUUUAUGGAUCCAUGCCAGGAAGGCACAAAGGUCAGCAGUAGAAGCCAGAAGGUCCAUGUCAGUGAGCAGCAGGUCCAUGUCAGUGAGGUGAAGGAGCUGUGCUGGUGGGAUGAGGGUACUAUGCGGGAGCCAAGAAGCCACACGCAUAACAAAGACCAGGGCUGUCCUGAAAAGUAUCACAGCCAUCCUUAGUGACAGGGAGGCCCCCAAGCUCCUCCAGGGAUAAGCACAGUCCAGUACAUGCCAGGCAGCUAGCUUGACGAGUUCAUCCUGCAGACCAAGCAGCACAUGUCUUCUCUAGAGCCAGGAAACAAUGCUCAAUAUGAUGACCAGAGCUUCUCCAGAAGAAUCAAUGGCUCAAUCAGCAACAUGUUGGAGAACCCACAAUACCUCCACACCUUAACACUAUAGCUUUUCCUUCUCACGUCUCUAUUUAUGCUGACAACUUUCCUCAGGUAGAGCAUCUACAUUCAGCACCACAGUGAUUUCAUUCCAUUGGUGUUAAGCUGACCAACAGUUUUUAACACCCAGCUCUUGCCAUGGACUUUUAAAAGAUUAACAUACAUGAAAGCCAUACAUGGACUUCGUCAAAGGCUGGAAUUAUACCUCAGAACUUAAGGACAUGUAUUCACCUGCAUCCCAUCUUCUCCUUUUUGUGUCCACAGUAUUUAAAUGCAUUUUACAGUUGAGAAGUCAGUGAUUGGGUGAACGAAGGAUCUGAUUACAUUUUCAAACAGUAGCAAAUAGGAAGAUAUUUGAUGCAUUGUUGCUGAAUCUUAUGAAGAUAGACUGCAAAUCUGCUCCCUGCUUACGGGACCUCCCCAACCAAAUUUGGGGGGAUUAAAAUUCCCUGUAAUCACUGAUUUAUAUGAUGAUUCAUAAUUUGUGAUCAGGUUACUUACCUAGAAAACAACUAUCCUUUUUAAUCACAACUACCCUCAUGGGAUCUAGCUCUUUUCUGAGCAUUCAUCAAAAACAUACAGCACUGACUGCACUAAAAUAGCAGCAUAACCCCCACAAUUUU